AAGCAGCUUGUCAAAUGCAAAAAACGAGCGAAAGUUUAGAAAACAAAGUUUAGAUUAACUUCAGCUUGAAAUAAAACUUUAAUUUUGAGUUUACCUUUCACAUUAUCCAAGAAUUUUAAGAAGUGUAGAGUAAAAUCAUGUAAGCCAAAUUCGUUGCUGAUUUACUUGUCUGCGUUUGUGAAUUAGUGCUUGUGUCAACUGUUUGUUGUACAUCAUGCCGCCAAAAUCUAAAAGAAUCAAAAACAUUACAACAUCGAAAGAAAACACGUUCGUUGCAACUAAGGGAAUUCCAAAAAGUGUUGUUAAAAAUACUAAGGCCCCCAGAAAAGCUUUAGCUGAUAAAACCAAUUCGGCAUCAGACGAUAAUGAUCCCUUGACUUCUCCUAAAAUGGGGAUACAAACAAGAAAAAUGAAAUCAAAAAAAGUAAAUACUGUUGAUGUCAAAGAAACUGAAAAAGAUCAGCCGAAGCGAAAUCAAAAGGUGCCAGACAUCUCAAGUGACAAUCAAGUUUUAAACUUUAAAAGUAAUAAACUACCAACCAAACCAGAAAUUCAAACGAUACUACAAAAGCAACCAGUAAUUAUUAUUGAACCAAUACAACAAGUAUGUGAGGAAGUUGUUGAGAAACGUAUUGCUGACAGUCGUCCUAAAAGGAUAUGUCGUCUUCCAUCUAAAUUUGAAAAUCAUUUUAUAAGUCCAAGUAAAUGUAUUCCAGUUCAACCAAUACAGGCAAGUACACCAAUAGUGCAAAGCAAAGAUAAAGAAGUAUCUGCUAAAAUUGAUAAUAAAAUUAUUAAAAGAGGUACUAAUAAAAACCAGAGUAUAACAACAGAAAGCUCAAAAGGUAGUAGUAGUAUUGAAGAUAGUAGCAGCAGUUAUAAUUCAUCAAUGGAAAAACCAAAAAGAAACAUGAGAUCCACAAAACGCAAACUAAUUAAGCCUGUACAGGAAAAACAAAAAGCUGGCAAGAAAAUCACUAAUACAAAGAAAAAACAAGCUGAUACCAAUAAUAACGCAAAAGAUACGAACCCAAAACAAAGUUUAUGCACUACAUCACCUUGUAAAGAUGUAAAUAUAAUAACUAAGAAUAGAAUUAUAAAGAAAGAUUACUCCUUCAGACUAUUUGAUGAGAAAAAAGAUGCCAAGAAAAGAAGUGCCAAUAAUCUUGAUGUGUAUGAAUUCACUUACGAUCCUGCCCAGGAGCCGCCACCACAAAAGAAAAAACGCAAAAGAAUUAUUAGGAACAAAGAAGAUAAACCUAAACCUGGUUUUAAAAGCAACUACGAUAAGAAUGUUGCAAAAUCAUUAGCAGAUUUAAAAAAUAAACUAUCUAAAAAAACUUAUGCUAAACAGCAAAUUGAAACACCACUACCAUCUCAAAACAAACAAACACCUAAUGUUGAUAAAAAAAUCGAAAAUGUACCUCAAAGUACAAAUAAUGCAGUAACUGAAAAUGUACUUCAAAAUACAAAUAAUACUUUAACUAAAAAUGUAACUCAUACAGGAGAAAAUGGGUUACAACCAAAUUUCAACUCUUUCAACGUAGAAGACAUAGUUCUAAAUGAUGUAUCAGUUGCUAAUGAUUAUAAUGAUUUAAAUUAUUCCCCCGUAAAUACCCCUGACCAUGCAAGACAAGCAUCUCAACCUCGAGACAUAUGCACAACGGAAAGAGUUCCAAAUAACGAUCCUUUAAAUAUACAAGAGGAUAUAAGUUUCUUUGAUGAUAUUCCAGUAGCCAGUAGUAGUAUGAAUGUGUCUACAAGAAACCCAUCAGCCACUCCCUGGAGAGCAGAAUAUGAACAAUUACCAAUAAAAUGGCAAGUAAAUACGUAUGUUAAACCAAAUAUGACACCAGCUUUUGAAUGUUCAUUUAUAAAUUUUAAUGAUAAGAAAAAACAUGUCUAUACAAAUAUGGUAUCAGAAGAUCCUGAACCAUUACCAGAAAUAAUUGAAACGGAAACAUCAUCUAAGUUAAAACAAACAAGUAUAAUUUCAUUCUUCAAAGAAGUUGUAGAUAAACAAACAAGAAAGAAAUUAAAAACGAAAACAACUCCAGUUAAAGAUCCGGGAAAUCAUAAUUUUGACACAGACACAUUACCUAUGGAAGAACCGAUUUUGUCUAAUUCUGUACAAAAAACACCACAGAAAAAGUCAUCUAAAAAAAGUACUGAUUUAUCAGAUAAAGAAAAUUCAACAGAACUUAUACAAAACUCACCAAUGAAAUCUCAUACAAAAAAAUCUCGUAAAAAUGAAUUGGACAAAGAUGUAACAUUCUUUGGAUUUGAUGAAAGUUUGGAACAAGAGAAUGUUUCACCAGUCAAGAAAGAUAAAGGUAGAAUAAAUGCAUUAAGACCUAGAUCCAGAGCAAUAUUACAAGAAUUUAACGUACAAAAGGGCCCAAUAAGAAUGCCUUUGGGGGCAAGGAAUAAAAAAGAUAGAAAUGCAAUAAAUAAAGUUUUUAAUGAAGAUAUAGAACAGAAUCUUUUCCAAGAAAAAGCUAAGGAAAUUACAGAAGAAACAAAUAAUACAGUAGAACAAAUUAAUAUAAGUCCAGAAGAUUCCCAGUCUGUGCAUUUAUUUGAAGAUCUUGAAGUUGUACAUUCCAAGCCACCAAGAAAGAGUUAUGGUAAAGCUAAGAAAGUUGCAUUCCGACAUCAUUCUGAAUCCAGUGACACACAGGAGGAGAUCCAAGGUCGCCAAGGAGGGUCCAGCGGAGAGGAAGACAACCUAGAUGAUCUUACUUUUGAAAUACCAACUGCACAAACUAAAAGAUUGAAGAAAAAGAAAAAGACAGCCAAACAGCGUUCAAAGAAAGAGGAUAAAGAAGCAGAAGAAUGGGCGGCUGGUUUCAAUUCAAUGUGCGAAGAUAUUGAUCAUUUUGAUUUAAUUGUGGAAUAAUUAUAAUGGACGCCAUUUUCAAGGUAAAAUUAAAGUUUAAUCUGCGUUUCCAUUGGCAUAAAACAUGUAAAAGGUUUUUCAAAGAGAACAUUUUAUGAAGAAUUUCAUACAGCGUUUGGAAUGUUCUCGAAGGACAACUUGUAAUUGUUAAAUACAUUUGAUGUUAGUAUAGGAUAUACAUAUUAUUUUUAUUU